AAGCCGCAGAGUCGAACGCAGUCGUGCCUCUUCGCGCGCGUGAACGGAAUUGAUUGUUCGGUUUUGGGUCUUGUCUUUCGAUAUUCUCGCCCCUACACAUACUCCAUCGCCUCAGUGCAGUGCUACGGACGAUCGGGUACGGUUCACCAAAACAAAAAUUAUAAAACGGAAGUGAAGACAUCGCCCGAGAGACAGAUCACAUCGGAAAGAUCUUGUUGUACGUAGAUAACAAACCCACAGUUGCUUUUGCUGCAAAAAAUUUGAACGCAAACGCAUUAACCUGCCAAGUGUCACCCUCCCCUUCGCGGCGAAGCGUUUAACCCGUGCGAUCUCCUCCCGAUUUCUUUCAAUUUGUAGUGUCGGCAGCGCGUAACGAGAAACGGCGAAUUCCUAUCCGAUUUGCGGGCACCGUGCAAUCGUUGCGAAUUUUCGGGCUCGGUGUUGGUGUGUUUGUGAUACAGGAGUGCAGGAGGGAUAAGAUAGAGAGGAAAACAAAACGGCCUCUCAAACAGGCAACAGCAGUUGCCUACAGAAAAGUGCAAGCUUUCCCCCACGCACGACGCUCGAAACGGCGGGCGCGCACACCAUUAGAGAAGGAGAGCCCCCCGCCCCCUCGCUUGCAGGGCGAUUAGAGAGAAGAAAGCAAAAAAAACCUCCCCAUCCGCAAGAGCAAUAGUGCACAGGUGUGUCCGUGUGUGUGUGUGUGCACACUUUUUUCUUUCUUUCUUCAAUUGUUGAAAGGGAAAUUAGUGAAAACGCGGUGUACCCUCGCGUGAACGUGAAGUGUUGUGUGUGUGUGCAGUAAAGAGGGAAACCAAGGGAAGGGGAAGCACACAGAGGUGCGAGGGUGUGUAUGAAGGGAGCGCGGGAGUUUGCCCAAACCUUUUGCCGCUUUUGGUUUGAAUUAAUUUGAAUUAAAACGGUAGCGAAACGGUGUGAAUAGUGCGAAAAAAAACCGAAGCAACCGAAGCUUUGACGUGCUCACGUGUGUGUGUGUGUGGUUGUUUUCUUUCUUUUUUAUUGCUUUCUUUGCUGCAAGUCAGUGUUAAACCGAAGCAGGCUGUGUGCACCGAAAAAUCUUGCAAACACUUUGACAUUUCGUUCCAAUUUUUUUUUGCUUUGGAGGACACUGAGGACACACACGCACCGAGGAGAAAGGGAAGUUUAUUGUUUGUUUUGUGCGCGGGCGAAUAGUUUGGCCGUUUGGUGGAAAUUUGCUGAACCAAACGCAAAGGAAGAAGUCCUUCCCACGGAUCGACGCCGGUGAAAAAUCCCAAGCUUCCAGCACCGGACACACCGGAUUCGACGGGCCGACCGACGAGACACGAAGAUGGGCCCGACAGAUAAGCUAACCACCGCUGACCGACGCCACCACCACCACCGCACGAUGACCGCACCGCCGCCAGCUCGCUGGGCACUGGGCGGCGUAACGAUGUGUCUAUUGCUUCUCACAGCGUCCGUCGUACAGACAGGACCUGUGAUCCGAUCGCGACGCAUGAUCCGCGAGAUUUAUGUCGAAAACUCGGCCGCAUCCCCAGCGGCACCAGAAACCGUCCCGGCCGAGAUGCCUAGCAGCACCGCCAGCAACGCAACGGCAAGUGACAUGUGCCUGUACGAUGGUUCCUACAUUGAGCGAUCGGCGAUAGCGUGCGAGAAGAAGCACGGUUGCCGUGCGAUACAGAAGACGGGCGAAUGCUGCCCCGACUACCAGUGUGAGUGUCAACGCGACGGCAAAACGUACGCGAACGGUGAGAAAGUCUUUGAUCCGAACACGCCUUGCCGUGCCUGCUACUGCCAAGGAGGUGAAAUUACUUGCAGUGAAGUGAGCUGCUACAAACGCAACGACUGUGAUCCGAAGUACAUCCCCGGACGAUGCUGUCCAGAGUACGACAACUGUCCCCCACUAGAAAACUUCAAAAUCACAGACUCGAACGCAAAGGAUACCGCACACAACGAACGACACGACGAGGAAACGAACGAAGUGAAGGGAAACUAUGCUGCCGAGGCCGAGGACCUGACAGGAUCCGGACUUCAAAAGCAACAGCCAACGACGACAGCGCCAACAACGCCACCACCGUCCACCGUUACACCGUCAAUGCCUAACGAUAAUCCGCUCGGUAUCAAGAUCAAAGAAAUCACCAAAGCGGAAGAGAUUCGUCUGACCGACAAUCGUCCUAGUGCGGAAGAGCAGCAGCAACAGCAGCAACAACAGCAACAGCAGCAACAGCAACAAUUGUUGGCUAGUCGCGAAACAACUGCCGCCUCAUCUUCACCCCAAAGCGAGGAGCUCGUCAAUCUUGAACACUUGGACGUUCACGUACCGGACGAUGAUGGCGAGAAUGGGACAAAGAUUGUACGCCACACCGAUGCUGACGGUAUGCGCUCGGAGGUGAAUAGCGGUGAGCAGCGGAAGGACUCUAGCGCGAGUGAGGAAUCGCUCAAAACUACCUCGGCGGAAAACCGUCUGGAAUCGAGCGAAGCUUCCACGAUCGGUACGGUGUCAUCGACCUUAUCCGAGUCGGACGAAUGGAUGGACGUGAAGGAAUUUUCCGACUCAUCCACCUGGUCGUCUUCAAGCUCUGUGUCCGUCAGCACCACGACCCAAGCACCCUCUUUGGCUCCCUCCACCAGUGGACCUUCGGCCCACGAUGAAGAGGUCGUAUCGGAGAGCAAUAUGAAGCCAUCGAAGCAGGACAAUGCACUCCCAGCCGUGGUUCAGAUUGGCGAUAAGCUCGUGAUUGUGGACCACAAUCAACCGAAACCCAUCACCGUGAUUCAGGUGGAGGAAGUGGAAGGUCUACAGCGAGGAGAGGACGACAGCGUGUACGAUCAGGAGAUGUAUACCGAGCGUAGCCUUCCGGCAGCCGUCGAGAGUGGUCGUGAGUCAUCGAAGAAGCUGAAGCUUCAUCAUUCGGCCGAAGUGGAACAGGAGACACUCUCCACGCAGGCGGAUUCUAGUGCUGCGUACGAAACGGUUUACCAUUCCGGAUCUACCGAGCAGGGUGGCGGUUCUUCGGAGGAGAUCUUCGAGACGCAACUCUACACCGAGGGACCGGAAGAUGCCGCAGUUUCGGCGGAACGGAACGACACACAGCGCGGUGAACCACUGUCGGUGAGCAAGGAAGAGUUUCUUCACAUGGGCGACUCGCAAGAACCGGCAAAGAUUCGACAGGAGGAAGAUCACACGACAAGUGGACCCGUUGCUAGCUCCAGUGCAUCGUACAGUAGCACCGAGGAAGGCAGCACCACCAUGUCCGAUCUGCCCGUUUCCUUGAGCUCCGAAGCUUCGGGCGAUGAGAUGAUUUACGAUACGCAUUUUUACACCGAAGGACCGAGCACAUCGUCGGAGGAGCAUGGCCCAACGCUAGGCACGGGCUCUGAAGAGUCCUCAACCGCUGGCAGUACGUACGUGCCGCGUCACCCCGUCCCGGUAGCGGAUGAGUUGGCCCCACCGCGCGAAACCUACAUCGAAGACAACGAACACGAGCUCAUCCAUCCUGGGUUCCAGCCCAUUCCGGAAGAUUUUAGCCUUCCGCAGCUGGAUCAACCGGCAAUGGAGAUGGAAAUGGAGCAUCACGCAGCCGCACCGAAGCAGGAAAAGAUUCUGUCCGAUGUGCUGAACUUGAAGCACAACAUGUCCUCGACCACGGGUCUUCCAGUGGGUAGUGCGGAAUCGACGACCACCUCGGAAGCUUCGAGCCAGGAAGAAACGUCCAACUCCCCAUCGUGGUUGAAAGAAGAUCCCCAACCGCAGCUACGUUCACCGGGCGAACCACUACUAAUUCCCGAGUGGGAGCGAAUGAAUGGUACGAGCGGCGGCAGCAGCAGCAACAGCUCUUCCGAGGAAGAUCUCGAUCAGGAUGCAAGCGGUGGUGGCAAUGAGCCAAGCGAUUUCCAGGUGCUAAAGAUGGGCUCGGAAGAGUACGUAGACGCUGGCAGCGAGGGCAGCGGUUCCGAGCAUCCAACCUCUCCGGCCACCUCGGCCAAGACGUCAAAGGCCGAAGACCGGUCGGAAGAGGACGACGAGCCGGAAGGUAAAGCAAAGGAAUCAACUUCGGCGGGGGCAGUGGAAUCGGCCGCCAAUGCUAUUCUCGAUAUCGAUUCGCCCGCGGCGACGAACGCCACCGACGGUCAGUCGGAUAGUGUCAAGCACAAUCCAAAGAACGAUGUGGAGAGUUUGAAGUACGAUGAGGACGAAAACAAUGCCACCGCCGAGGAGGCCAUCCCCAAGAAGGUGCAGCAGCUUGAGUCCAGCGAGCAGGACGUGACAGCGGGCGGUGUGCAAGCGCCCACGUUGACCAGUGUUUGAAUUUCCCCCGUACCGGUGGAAACAAUAGCAAAAGCAAACCCCUCUGGUGCCAGUUUUAACAAGCCCCCUUUCCCCUUUUUAAGCACAGUGACACAGUCCUCGGAAAUGUUAAGCAAGCAGAGCAAUGUGGUGUGGUGUAGGAUAUCAUCUUGGUUAUCUGCAGACGUGCCAUCAUGUUGAAGAUUUCCUCAAAAAUGGCAAUGAUCAGGUUCGAACCACCUCAGAAGAACAGAAGAAAAUGGGACAAACAAACAAACAAACAAAAACUAGCGUAAUACGGAGGCUUUCUCAAGGUCUCAUCAUCGGCAUUAGGCAUUCAUGGGAAGGUUCAUGUACAGUCGUUUGAUUGAUUGAUUCAAAAUCCUUACGUUUAUUGACAGCCGAGCAAAUCCGAUGUGCAAAUUAUUUAUUGUUCGCACCGUACACAGGACAUUCCUCCAUUACUCGUUUCAUUUAGUUAAUGCUCGUGGUGGCAUGCAACAGCGGAUCCGGUUUUUGCGAUCCCCAUUGAUAUAUAGUGCGGAUAGGUACAAGGAGAUACUACUGUAGAUACAAACAAAAAAUAGGACGCCGCAUCGUUACCUCUCGGUGGCGGUGAUAAAGGUGUUUGAGCGUCGUCGUCGUCGUAGAGGGGGGUAGAGAGCCCCGUAGAGCAGCCGGUAUGUGAUAAUGCGCGAUAAAGAAUUGACGAGGGAUGAAGAGGGGCGAGGGAUGUAGAAUGGCAUUAAAAAAUGGCAUUCCCCUGCGCUCUGUUUCUCUGCAAGCCAUACCACGCCGGUUUUAGUUUACAAACACGCGCACACACACACACAAACACACGUAAGACAGACUGUUGUGUUUAGGCACUAGCAAGUACGUAUUUAUUAACUGUCAUGCUAUUUAUAAUACCGUCGGAUCCUCUAUCUUUUCACCUACAAACGCAAAACCAGCCCAUCCCGGCGGCCAUUAUCGCUCGCACAGCUGUGAGUGGAAAGCUCCCUCACAACAGUCUUUAGCAGCAGCAGCAGCAGCAGCUCCUCAAUAAAUGGUGAAGAAGAGCAGAAGCGAAUUUCAUAGAUAUAAGAUAAAAUUUAGGAACGAAUCGUACGUGAAAUCAGCAGUCAUAUCUUAAUCUUAAUAGUACAGUCUCUCUUUGGAGAGAGAGAAUGGAUUGGCAGGGGAGCAUUGCAGUCCUGUUGGUUGAUGAUGGAAGCUACCGUUAACUUGGAGGGACCAUUCAGCUGCAGCAUAGUCCUAGCACAUUAGACGAUUUUCAGCGCUGCUGAGAAUGGAGAAAUGUGGACAAGAAGGGAAGAAGGAAGCAUUUUUUAUUCUGAAAAAUAAAAUAAAGGAAACAAACAAACAAAUUUUACUAGUUUCUGGUAAACUACCAACAUAAAACCUAUAACUACAAGUUCAAGUAUAAUAAUUAUCACUAGCACGUAAUCUAGUAUCUUGUUGAGCGGCGGGGGUAGAUGGACGGUAAAUGCAGUAAAUUAGCCUAAGAGCGUUGUAGUCUAGAGCUGGAGAAGGCGUAGCUAGCUAGUGAAAUUAAUAUUAUUCAAACACAAACACACACUGUAAAAAAAACAAACAAACUAUAAAUGAAUACAUUGCGAAAUGAAAUAAAUAUUUCUACGACAAGGUACGACAAAUCUA